CUUGUCAUUGCUCGAGUUCUUGGGACUUGGGUAGCCGCAGUCCACACAGACCACGCUAGAAAAGUGGUCUGUGUGAGACGCGAGGUCAUUACCCGACCUUAGGGGAGGGGUGGUCCAGACGGGGAGAGCCGAGGGGCACCUGACCCGCCAGUGACACUUGAAAGGGAAUCUCACCUAAUUGGAGGGACGCGCGCCUCUCGGUUUUUGAGUAGUAUUCCAGACAUCUGGUCGAAGCCGAACCUGGAAAAUUUCCAGUGAGAUUUAAAAAACCCUGCCCACCGCAUCUCCACUUCAAAUCGAAAGCUUUCGUCCACCUCUUUUGACGCGACGUGGAAUUCUUUUGACGCUAAGAAGCAUUUUAUUCUCCAGUGAGAUCCUGGGAGAAGUAGCAAAUCUUUAACUGCCGAACGCCCAAGAGGAAAUCCUCUGCUGAACACCGACAUUAAAUUUACUGAGUACCACGACUAAUUUGGAUCAUAAGUUAAUGAAUGCAAGCCACUUUGGUCUUGGCAACAUAAUCGAGUAACACUUGUAGAAAAGGGAACUAUUAUCAGACGAUUAAAAAAAAUAGCUGUAUUUUAAGUCCCUCUGUUACACCCCAAACCCUUAUUUUUAAAAGGGAGAAAAACAUGUUAUAAACUGAUUUUAAAUAAAUACAAGCUGUCUUUAUAUACAAAAGUAGUUCAAGAGUGGUGAUGUACACCGCUAUGGUUACCAUGAUUCAGAAGCCUGCACCAACCUACCUUGAAUAAUUAGCUGAAACUGCACUUGAAAUCAUUAGUCACACGUUCUAGGUUACAGAUGAGGAUAAUUUACUAAAACAUCACGUUAUGAAGAAAAAUUCCAAAAGGAACAAUAAAUUGAGAGUUUGUGACAUAGUAUUGAACUCUGUGGAUGCUGAGAAGGAAAACAAGGAGAGUCAAAAUAAUUUUGUUGAACUGCUACCUCUAGAAGUCACUUUUAAAAUUUUCAGUCAGCUAGACAUUCAGAGUUUGUGCAGAGCUUCAGUGACGUGCAGGAGCUGGAAUCACACAAUAAGAAAUAGUGACUCCUUAUGGAAGCCUCACUGCUUGACUGUCAGAGCUGUGUGCCGAAGAGAAAUCGAUAAUGACCUGGAGAAUGGGUACUCCUGGAGGGUAAUACUAGUGAGGAAUUACCAGAAGAGUAAAGUGAAAUACGAAUGGUUAAGUGGCAGAUACAGCAACAUCUGUUCUCCCGUUAGCCUACCAGAAAAAAUCAUGUGCCCAAUGGAUGCAGAUACAUGGGGAGAAAUUCUUCAAGCAGAACUAGAAAGAUAAGUGAAAAAAUCAUAAACAUCUUGUAAAUCUGAGAGUUUAAAACAAAUGAUUCAGGGUGCAAAACAUGUAUUUUAUCUAUACAUUUUCUCCACCUUUUUAAUAUUUAACAAGAAAAUAGUAGAAAACAUUGUUAAAGUAAAGCUUUAUAUUUAUUUUGCACUUUAGUAAAAAACAUUUUUAUGGUUUUACUGUCUUGUGAAAAAUCAUGGAAUGUUAUUUUUAUAAAAAAUAAUAUACUGAUAGAAUUAUUUCAAAAUAUAUUGUUUCAUGUAUUGUGUUAGUAUAGUGCAGUAAUUUCAACAAUAGAGCUUAAUGUUUUCUGUUUAAAGAUAAUUUUUAAAAUUUAGCGAGCAACUUGAAGCAGCUAUCUUUUGAGGUCUAUCAAGAAUAGAUGGUAACCAGGGCCAGGGAGUUAGCUCAGUGGUGCUGCCACCUGCCUCACAAGCACAAGGUCCCAAG